UCCCAAAGAUGUAUUGUCUCGCUCUCGUGGCCCUGUUUCUGUCCACGUGCGAGGCAUUUCUUCUAAUGCUGGUUUGCGACUACGGUAUUUGAAAAGAGAAAAGAGUCGCGUUCCGCCUCUUUUCUGCGUCGCAGCAUGUCUUCACGAUAACUUCCGUUUGAAGCACUUUGCUGCAGAUCAACAUGACUGCCGAAGCUCUGCCCGCUCCCCAAUCGCGCUAUCCUAGCCAUGACCUCUCCAAGUUUCCUGAGACCCUGAAAGGGAAGCGAAUCCUUCUCUGCACCGAGUCAUUUGGCCCCGUCAACGGUGUCAGUCGCACGACUUUGAUGCUUGUUAACCAUCUAAGGGCACAUGGAGCCCAAGUUGCAGUCGUUGCGCCACACAACCAUACCGAGCACAAUACCUUUACGCCGCCGCCAUCACCAACCAUGUCCCCUGCGGAUAAGCAGCCCGAAGUCAGAGUCACUGGAUAUCCUCUCCCAUUCAAUCCCGAGCUCUCUAUUGUAUACCCGGUACGCAAUUCGACAUUGUACUCAAGAACAUUUGGCGAUGAUGCUCCUCCCGAUCUGAUCUACCUCGCGUCGCCUGCAAGUCUGGGUUUUCAAGUGAUGCUUCAACUACGACAGCAGCCUAAAGAGAAGCAAAUACCCGUCAUCUGCAAUUUCCAGACCGAUCUCGCUGGUUACUGUUCUAUCUUAUUUCCGGCGCCUCUGAGCCACGUUGCUGUCUUCGCCUUUGCAGCUGUCCAGAGCUAUCUCUUCAGUCACUCCUCGAUCAAGACUAUAUUCUACCCUUCGAGUUUCGUGAAACGAUAUUUGGUGAGCCAGAAGGUGCCAGCAGACAAGCUGGAGGUUCUGACACGGGGUGUCAACACAGAGUUGUUCAACCCUCGGAUGAGAAACAAGGAACUGCGAAAACAGUUGGCCCCUAAUGGAGAGAUCAUUUUCGUGACAGUCUCCCGAAUCGCUGGCGAGAAAGGCUUCGAUUUCCUGGCCAAGGCUGCAAAGGAGCUCGAUGCCCGAGGACUCGACUUCAAGCUUUACAUCGUGGGUGGUAACCGCAACCCUGAUGUUGAGAAGGAAGUCCAAGAGCUAUUCGACCCUUUGAGAGAGAAAGGCAAGGUUGUAUUUGCCGGAUUUAAAGUUGGGGAAGAUCUCGCUGCUGCUUAUGCCAGUGGUGAUGUUUUUCUGCAUUGUUCGGUUACAGAAACCUUCGGCCUUGUGGUUUUGGAGUCCAUGGCUAGUGGUGUUCCCGUCAUCGCUCGUGAUGAAGGGGGUCCGUCUGACAUCGUCCAGAAAGGAGGAAAUGGUUUCCUCAUUUCUCCAGACGACCUCGAUGGUUUCGUAGCCAAGGCUAUGAAACUUGGUCUAGACCACAAUCUUCGUGCUCAGAUGGGCCAGGCCGCAAGAUUUUACGCAUGCGAGAUGACAUGGGAGAAGAUUAACAAUAAGGUAGCCUGGCGCAUGUCGGACACCAUCUCGGAAUGGAAGCGUGAGCGAGAAGGCCCAACAAACCGACUCUCAUCACGUCUCAAGUCCCAGGAGCCGCUUAUCCCAAUCUACGGGUGGCUCAUGAUGAACGAUGCCAUUCGCGAGACAAUGACACGGGGUAUUGUCGACGCGCGACUCAUGGGUGGACUGGGUGUUAUUCUGUCUUUCUGGAUGGUGACAGGGUGGUAUAUGGUCUUCACAGAAUGCUUCCUCUGGGCUAAAGGGCGAUGGAGAAGUGCAGAGAGGAGAUUGUCAAUAUCAUAGUUUGAAGUUUUGUCUUGUUACGCGGCGUUUCGAUUAUGUGCAUGGCUUGGAGAAGUUGGGGGAACUACUUUGCUAUGGCUCGACAUUAUUCUCACAUUUGCAUUAGACGGUCCUUACAGCGUUGGAGUUGUUACAGUUGUGCGACUAGCCCAUGGUUUCCUUAGCAUGGCCAUGUUAGAUGUUAUAUUACGAUACCAAGAAUUUCAUUACCGUUUUGACACCGACGGGCUGAUACAACGUCAUGUAACAAGGGUCCCGGCAAGAGAGAUUUCCGGGUUCAGUACCUUACGAUGGUGUUUCAUGUAGAGGGGAAUCGUCCCACAAUAUGACAUCUCACCCCA